AUGUCAUACGAAGAUUUGAAACCAGUUCGCUUCGACUAUGAUGAUCAUUACCAACCUCCGCCUGUCUAUUACAAUUCCUAUUCCCAUGAACCGGAUCCUUAUCAUCCGCCACAACCACAAUAUAUCCAGAUGAUGACUCCUAGCGAAAAUGGGCAUAAUAAUCACCAUUAUCAACAAGUGAAUUCCCACCAUGUACAUCAGCAUCAUCAAACGUAUCAACAUCAGAUACACCAACAUCAGAAUAUAGCACCGACCCAUGUUCCUCAUCAAAAUCAACAUCUACAUUAUACAGUGAUUGAUAAUCAAGACUCCGACAGCCAAGAUUCCAUGGACUCUACUUUCCAGCAUAGACCUAUGACUCAGGCCAAACUAUCUGGUCGAGGGAAUGUAGUGCAAAAACAAAGAUUCUCUGUUGAGGAUGAUUCAGAAGACCUGAGUGAAGAAGUGCAGAAUCAUUGGAUGCCAAUGACAUGGUGUGAAAGAUCUUCCGACGAUCCACAAGUUUUCAAUUUCGUGUGUCUUUGGGGACAGUGUGUGGCUGUUUCCACUGGAAAAGAUGAAUUCAUUAACCAUCUGUUCAGCCAUGUCCCGGGACGAGAGGAUUCUAUCCAACAGAGAAGAUACUCUGCUGAGGACUGUAUCACGUGUAAAGUACGCGGAUGUGGAGCACAAUUGGCUUCUAUCGAUGAUUUGAGUCGUCAUGUUUCAAUGCACGUUUUCCAAGCAGACUGCCAGCAAAAAGGAUCAGAAGCUUUAAUAGAGAAAGAAGAAUAUUCUGGAAUUGAGAGUUGUGGUUUCGAACCUUGUACGAACCUCAGCUAUGACGGAAUGGUUCUGAGUUGUCUAUGGAAUGACUGUGGAAUGACUUUUAACAGUUUAACGGAUCUGUUUGAUCAUGUUGGGAAUCAUAUUGAUGAUGUCUGUGAUAUAGAUAGGCUGGAACAAGAGUUUCAAAAUGGUGUGAAAAAAACUGUCUUCCCGUGCAAAUGGACUGGUUGUAACCACUUGGCCGAGUCCAAAUCAAAUCUUCGUCGCCACGGUCGGCAUCACAGUGGGGAAAAAAUGCUUGCUUGUCCUUUCUGCGCUCGUUUCUUCUCUCGCCGUGAUAAAUUAUACGAUCAUUGCGUUCGUCGCACAAUUCUGAUGACAGAUCCAGAUAUAGAAGACCCAUAUCUCUGUAAAUUGUGUCAAAAACGAUUCGGAACAGAGCGUGCUCUUUGUAUGCAUGUAACACGGCAUUUAGUCGGUCACACGUGCCCUCUGUGUGCUCUUGCUCUGGAUUCAAGAGCUGCUAUUCACAGACAUCUAAUGACGAAACAUUCGAGAAGAUCAAGAGAUUUCAAGUGUACCACUUGCAACAAAAUGUUCUUCACUGAGAGUGAACUGAAUCGUCAUGCUGUGUACCAUACCGAUGUAAUGUACAGUUGUAAAACAUGUCCAGAAAAAUUCAAAUGGAAAAAACAACUUUUGAAACAUAUGAAGGAACAUGAUGAGCAACUCCGAAAACAGCGAAAAAUGGAAGCGAAAGCAGGCGGAUUUGGGUCACGCAAUUACAAUCCAUCUCCAUAUACUUGUCAUCUUUGUGAUCGUACCUACACAUCCGGAUUCGCUCUUGGACGUCAUCUGACUCGACAACAUCGUCUUCAAAUCCCUUAUGGAUUCAGUCGUUUCACGUAUAAAAAAUGUGCUGAUGGAUUAAUGCGUUUGCAGACGAAGAAGUUAUUCCGAAAUGAGUCAGGGGAGAAUCCGGAUCAAUCACUAUCAGCGUCACAUGUCCCAUAUUAA